AUGUUGCUUUUACCAAUGUUGAUUGAAGAAAUUAUCAUUGUAAUUAUUUUAUUUUUUUUAAAUGAUGAAUAUAUGAAUUUAAAUCAGUUAACCAAAAAGGGUAUUUUUUUUUUUUAUUUUCACGACGAAAUUUUAACAAAAAAUAAAAAUUCAGGUCGGAAAAUUUAUUGA